AAUCUCAAUUAUCUCAGUUGAAUGGGGGUUUGGCUCUAGCUAAUAUAUUAGUCAAUAAUCUUAGAAUAAAUUCUCUAAUAAUUCAACCUGAAGAUCAUGAAAUGGUGGAUGACGUGGAUGAAAAUAACUCACAAAUACAAUUUCAACCCAAUAAAAAAAAAUGUGUUGCCAGUUCUGUGGAAAAUCAGCACAAUAUGUGUCCCAAAUGUCUGUCAGCUAACGUUUUGGAGAAGGAAGGAUAUUAUAUUACACCUAAGAUUUCUAUCCAUGGGGCACCUAAAAAGAAAAGGAAGAUCCAAGAAAAAGAAGAUACUUAUCAAGGCAAGCCUAGGAGCAUGAAACUGCAAACCAUCAUUCAAGAGUUAUCCACUGUUUCAAUUCCAGAUGAACCAUCAAUCAACACACUUUCCAAAAAUUCCAAUAUGGAAGAAGUAUCUAAUCAAUCCCAUAAAUUGUAUUCUGAUAUUGACAGCAUUGAUGGCUCAUGGACUAAACGAUUUCUACAAGAGGCUAAAGAGUUGGAUCCAGACUCAAAUAGUAUUAUAGAAAAGAAUGUGAUCAUUGGGAGACUACAGCUUCAAGUUCAAAGUACCUAUGAUAAGGAAACCCUUCUUACAUUUGAUGAGUCUGGCAAAUUCUAUGGAAAUCAACUGUGUUCACCUUACAAAGAUCAGAAUACAAAUUCAACAUACUUAUGUGAUAAACAUGCUCUUGAUGCUACUUUUGAUUCAAAUUUAAUUUCUCUUGAGGGGCGAAGAAGAUCAAGACUCAGCAAAGAUGUAAGCACAGAAUAUGAUUCAGAAUCAGAAGAAAGUGAUGAAGAAGUGAUUGAUGAAGUACAAAGUAAUGAAGAAAUCAAGACAUCAGAGAUGAAAAAUUUUUCGGGAGGGGCCAUCUCAGAAAUUUUACCUAUCUGUGGGGGUGAAGUAGUGUCGAUUGUGGCAGAUACAAUUGCAAUAAUCGUUCAAAAACUCCCAUUGGUUAGUCUUAGUAUAGCUUUAUGCAUUAAUCAUAUUUGGAAUAAGGAACUUAAAGAACAAUGUUGGGAAGAAGAGAGUAGGCGAUUUAGUGACUGCAUGGAUACUGAUGACUAUGAAAAACCCAACAACAAAAUGAGAUUUUUAGAUGAGAAAUGUAAUGAAUUCUUCUAUAAACUAGUAGAAGUAGAAAGAUGUAUGUUAAGAAAUAAAUUAAUCAGAAGAAGAGAAAGAGGCAAUGUAUUAAAUUGUAUCAAUCAUGUUAAUAAUAAGAGUGGGUGGUUGCAUCCCUGGUCGGAAUAUGAAAUAGAAGAAAUGAUUAAUCCUAUAGAUUAUGAACUUAAUAUACUUUUUGAUGAGACAGAGAUUUGA